AUGGAGGCUCUGUUGGCCCAUUCGUUCGAUUACCUCUCCUCAUACGAGCCGAGCAAGAUCCGCAAAGGGUUGCGCCAGGUCGAGGGACUACUCGCACAAAUAUGUCUGUCCAAAGCUAAGCCCGUAGCCGAUCGGAGGUCUCGCAUGUCCCCCGAUAUACAGCCCGUGCCGAAGACCCUGUCCGAACUGCGAGAUGAUCCAGCGUUUCGAGAGUUUUCCAAACUGCAAGAAGGGUUUCAAUGGAACAUUGCAAUGCGUCUAGUGUCCUGUCUCGAACGCCUCCUAGGGCGAGGAAGCAACGGCACAAACGACAUGUUGAUAGUAUGCACGCUGGAUCUAAUCCAAGGCGCUCUGCUUCUCCACCGUGGAUCACGCACCCUUUUCGCCCGCGAGAUCUACAUGAACCUCCUCCUUGACCUUCUUGACCCGAUCAACUGUCCAGCCGUGCAAUCAGCAACGCUACUCACACUCGUCACGGCCUUGCUGGACUGUCCAGCGAACACACGCACAUUUGAAGACCUUGAUGGCCUUCUCACUGUUACAUCACUGUUCAAACAACGUGCCACCUCCCGCGAAGUGAAGCUUAAGCUGGUCGAAUUUCUUUACUUCUACUUGAUGCCAGAGACACCGACUCCCGCACCAACGUCUCCCCCGUCCGGUCUGCAGCGCAGCCCGAGCAAACUUCCUGGCCCCUUCUCACGCAGCGGAAACGCCGUCGCCAAUGCUGCAAGCAAGAUGAGCCGGGAUACACGUACGACAGACGAGAAGCAGGCUCUUCUGGGAAGAUAUCUGAACAACGUCGAGGACCUCGUGGAGGACUUGAAGGAGACGGCUCCAUUCGGAGCAACAGUUUAUUGA